GAAAACAAAUAAAAAAAGAAAAAAAAAUAAGACAGAACUCGUCAUCUUUUCUCCCCCACGACAAACUUCAUCCAUAAUCCAUAGCCAUCUCCAUCUCCAUCUUUUUCCUCCAUCUCAAUCGUUCGUCCAGAAACUCAACCUCCAUCACUUUUAUCUUCUUCGACAACUACUCUACCAUUGAUUGUCUUCAUCUCUGUUUUUCUCCACACCUCCAUCGAUUUCGUCUCUGUCAUCAGUGAGGAAGAACUCAAUUUCACCUCACUCCUCCACCAUAAAUCGAGUUCCUUGAAUCUGUAUGGCUUCUUCUUCGGGUGAACGAAAGUAUCCUCCUCGUUUGUAUGAUGUUGGAAAAACCCCAAUUCAGGGUAGGAGCAUGAACCAUAGUUGUUUCAUGGCCAACAUUCAAGCGGUGCUAGAAGAUCUUGGGGAUGACGUUGCGUCUGACUUGAGGGAGUCAGCUGUUGGAGUGAUUUUGAAGCUCAAAGAGUUGAAGUACACUUGGUCUGCUUCUUGCGUUCACCAUUUUCUCGCCAAUCAAUUGGCCAUUGAGAGCAAUCAUGAGAUGUGGUCCUUGAUAGACUCUAUGCCACUGCGGUUCUCUCUUUAUGAGUUUGAGGAGAUUACGGGACUAAACUGUGAUCCUUUCGACAAGGAUGAGAUUUGGGAUGUGGAGCAUGAGAGUUUUUGGCUGAAGAUGAAUGUCCCGACUUCACAAGGACCUACAUUGAAAGAGCUCCAAGACAUUCUUCCUAUUUGCAGAAAUUGGCCUCGGGAGGAGCGAGUGAUGAUAGAGGAAAUCCGACGGCAUUCGAAGAGUAUUGGAUGAAGAUAAAGGAGAGGUGUGUUGUGGUGAUACCAGGAUGGGAACUGAUGAGCUACUUUAGCGAUACGACGAACGUGUGUUGGUUCCUGCAGCAAGAUCUUGCUGAGGCGAUCAAGGCGUUGCACCGUGAGAUCGGCAAUGCAGCGACUGAAGAACGCUACAUCGUGGUGGGUACGGGCUCUUCACAGCUUUGUCAAGCCGCUUGGUUUGCACUUUCUUCUCUCUCUGAGGCGAAGCCUCUCAGCAUUGUCGCCGCGGUUCCUUACUACUCCACAUACGAGGAGCAGGCAUCGUAUGUUCAGUCGCAGCUGUACAAGUGGGAAGGAGAGGCAAGAACGUUCAACAAACCCGGACCGUACAUCGAGAUGGUGACAUCACCGAACAAUCCUGAUGGGACCAUCAGAGAGCCGGUGGUGAACCGGGGUGGGAAAGUGAUAUACGACCUUGCGUAUUACUGGCCACACUACACUCCCAUCACUCGCCGUCAAGACCAAGACCUUAUGCUCUUCACCUUCUCUAAGAUCGCCGGUCACGCUGGGUCCCGCAUCGGGUGGGCGUUAGUGAAGGAUAUAGAGGUGGCCAAGAAGAUGGUGCAAUACAUAACCAUCAACUCCAUUGGUGUGUCAAAGGAGUCACAGAUUCGAGCCACCACGAUCCUCAACGAACUCACCAAAACUUGUCGCAUCAAAUCGGAGAGCUUCUUCGAGUAUGGUUACGAGAAGAUAAAAUCAAGGUGGGAGAGACUACGCUGGGUCGUAGAUAAGACCGGUGACACAUUCACUCUACCUAAUUACCCUCAAGCCUUUUGCAACUUCUUUGGCAAAAACAACUCCACUUUUCCUGCGUUUGCAUGGCUGGGGUGUAAAGAAGAGAACGAUCUGGAAAGACUCUUGAAAGAAAAGAAGGUUUUGACAAGAGGGGGAGACCGAUGUGGCAGUGAUAAGAAGUACGUGCGCGUCAACAUGAUUGGCCCCAACGAAGACUUUGAAGAGUUUCUUCACAGACUUCUCACCAUCAGGAAUCCUAACUGCUUUGAACCUUAAGUUUUUUAUUUUUCAUAUGAUAUUUCAAUAAUGGUUUUUUUUCCGUAAUGUUAAGCAUUUCCUUUCUUCUCAAUUUAUCUUAUAAUAAAUAUAAACGUUCUCUCUUAUUUCCAUACAUUAUGUUGUAUCCAGAAAAUUUAAUUAUA